UAAAUCCCAAAAAUUAGAACGAGAUUUCCAAACCGAGGCCUCACCUGGAUCUGAGAGGUGAAGACGCUGUCAGCUGUUUUGUUAUCAGAUCUGACAAGAUGGCAGAGGCACAUGCUGCUGUGGCUUUUUCUUUUACUAUCACUCAUGAGGGAGUCAACUUCGAUGUGAACCAUGAUGCCCUCCAUGCUGUAUGGGAGAGUGGGGUUCGAUCAUGGAAGAAAAGGAUUGCCAGAUUCAAGAACCGCCUCAUCAACAUCAUGUAUCCAGCAGCCCCCAUAAGUUGGGUGUUUACUGUCAGCAUUGUCCUGGCUUUUGUUCUGGCCAAGGUGGAUGUUUCUCUGGGGCUUAUAGAUAGUAUCCAGAGUGGAAUGCCUGGGUACCAUGUGCUCACUCUGGUUGGACUUGUGCGGAACAUUGGGCCUAAGUUGACACAUUUGCCAGAAGCUAUGGACUUGUCCAGAGUUGCUCCAAUCCUGCUGAAUGGUACUGUUCCCCUGUGCUCCCAGCAGUAUGAAAGACAGUUCAACUCUGUUAGAUUGCCUGGUGUGGAAACAGACAAGUUGGUUCAUUGGUACGACUCUCGCCACAUAGUGGUCUACCACAAGGGCUGUUACUACAAAAUGUAUAUCCAUUACAAGGGCAGACUGCUUAAUCCUGCUGAGUUGGAAUUGAGCUUUAAAAAGAUCAUUGAAGAUAAUCAUGAGCCUGCUAAAGGUGAAGAAAAACUUGGAGCCCUAACUGCUGGAGACAGAAUUCCAUGGGCAAAAGCAAGGAAAGAAUACUUUGGAAAGGGUGUUAAUAAGACUUCUUUGGAUUCUAUUGAAAAGUCUGCAUUUGUGGUAGUGUUGGAUGAUGAACCAAGAUACAUUGAUCUGAAUGAGCCCAACAAGUUGAGUUCUUGGGCCCGUGCCAUGCUGCAUGGAAAAGGCUAUGACAGAUGGUUUGAUAAGACUUUCAAUCUUAUCAUCAGUGCUAAUGGCAGGAUUGGAUUCAAUGCUGAACAUUCCUGGGCUGAUGCUCCAAUCAUGGCUCAUCUGUGGGAAUAUGGAAUAAGUGAAGAUAUAGCUCAUUUAGGGUAUGAGUUGCCCUUUAAUGUACACAAUUUUGGUGGGUUAUACAUACUAACAUUCAAGCUUGUGUGUGUGCAAGACCUUUGGAUCUGGUUACAUUUUGUUAUAUUUUGGGAUGCUGGAAAAUUUUGCUUGACCUAUGAAGCCUCAAUGACCAGACUGUUCAGGGAGGGUAGGACAGAAACUGUUCGCUCCUGCACAAUAGAUGCUGCCAACUUUGCCAGAGCCAUGGAUGACAAAACCAAAACUAAAGCUGAAAAGAUGGCCCUGUUCAAAAAGGCAUCAGAGACUCAUCAGGAAUCAUACCGCCUGGCCAUGACUGGCAAUGGCAUCGACAGGCACUUGUUCUGUCUAUAUGUGGUUUCAAAGUACCUCGAGAUUGAAUCUCCAUUCCUGAAAGAAGUGCUAGGGGAACCAUGGAGGCUGUCCACUAGCCAGACACCGCACACCCAGACAGACAGAUUGGAUUUGUUGAAACACCCAGACCAUAUUUGUGCAGGAGGUGGCUUUGGGCCAGUUGCUGAUGACGGUUAUGGUGUGUCUUACAUUAUUGCUGGAGAGUACACAAUCUUCUUCCACAUCUCCUGCAAGAGAUCCUGCGCAGAGACUAAUGCAAAAAGAUUUGGUCGGACCAUAGUGAAGGCCCUGGAUGAUUUGAAGAAUUUGUUUGAAGUGUGAGGUUUAACCUUGGUACUAAUAACGUGUUGUGAUCAUUCUUUACACUUAAUUUUGAUAUAUAACAAAAGCAAUGCAAUGAAUAUCUACUUUGAUUUUAAUGACUGAGAAAGGGGAUUCUAAGGAAGAAAUUUAUUGUGACAGCACAAGGUGGUGAGGAGUAAUAGACAAGAAGUUUUUAUGAUUUCUGACCUCAAAUACCAGACAUUCAGACAUUAGGGAUGUACAAUUUUCUUUAACUAUCUCCAUAAGCAUUUCUUGUAAACAACCCCUAGCUGAAGAAGCAAGCUCCAAGGUUUCUUGAUAGCUAUUAUAGAACGGAAGUGUAAUGUUAAAGUACUGCUGAUGGUAUUUAAUAACACAAAACAAGUAAUGUGUUUCAUAGCCUGUAUUCCUAUUAAAUACAUUUUCCUUUUUAUAAUGUCUAUCCGUGUUCCUAAUAGAAUUUAGUUAUUUAUUAUUUGCUGUGGUGUUAAGUGAUAUAAUUAUUUAAGGUGUACCAUAGCAUUGUAAUAGUUAUAAGAUUUGUGAAGCUAUGAAUUGAAUUUGUAUCACAAACAGCUGCCAUUCAUAUGAACUACUCAUUUGUUUUGUUUGAAUUUUAUUUGUUUACUUUAAGAUUCACUGUGCAUUUUAGACAAGAGAUGUAAUUUUUUUUUGUCAAAUAUCCUUGCUUUAAUUUUCCUAUAUCUUAGUGUAGUUAAUACUGAUAUUACAUAGAACAAUGGAAAUGAGUCCUAUGUCGCAGUAUAUCUCCAUAGCUGUCAGAAACUCUUUGAUCUCAGUUUGAAAUGAAAAUUUGUUCCUGCUGAUACGUGCAGAAGCAUUUUUUCUUUAGUUCCAAACAGACCAUGCCAUAUUGUCAAAAAUUGAUAUUUGAAUUACCUACAUACAGUGCACAGACAUUAGAGCCAUAAUAGUAAUGUGAUUUGUUUCUUUGAUAGGGGUGGUGCUUUAAUUUGUUCAGUAUAUCACCUUUUUCAAUCAUUUUGCAUACUAAACAUUGAACAGUUUUUUUAUGUCAAAGAAAUGCAUACUUGGGAUAUGUGAUUGACAUUUUAUUGAGGAAUGAAUUUAUAAAACAAGAAUAUUCUUCCGUAUGAAUUAGGGUAGCAUAGAUAUUAGGUAGUAGUAUUAGUAAAAUUCAAAACAUUCAGAUUGAAUUGCCAAAUACAGUUUAAAACUGGAACAUACCAGGCUUGCAGAUAUGUAUCAGAAAUGAUGAGUGUUGUUCUGUGUUGAAAUUAUACUCUGUAUUCAGAAGUUGCAAAAUUAAUGCUUGGUAAACGGUGUUUUUAUUUAUUGUUUAUCACUGAUCUUUGAGAAAUGAAAAUCAAACCCAAGGAAUUUAACAGGAAAACUAUGCCUCUGCUUGUUAUAUUAUUAUUUGUUUUAUUUUAUUUAUUUAUUUACUUAUAGUAUUUCUUGUAUUAAAUCAAAUGUAUCUGUGUCAAUUUCAUGAGAAGCAUAUUCAUAUUGCACAAAAAAGAUGUCUCAAUAUGUCAUUUCUCUGCUAUGACAAGCUACUUUAUCUACAUGAGGUUGUUCCUUGGUUUUUAUUAGAUUCAUCGCUUGGUAUCAUCUGGUAUAAAGAAGUAUGCUAUGAACGACAAAAUUAAGUGGAUUUGCAGUUUUAGUUUUGGUCAAAAUAUUUAGUCAUAACUCCUGUCCAAGUUUCAUUACAUUUCACCUCUUUAUCUGUCUAGGCCAUGGUGUGAGGAUGUUUUAUUGUACAUAUCAGAUACUGUCAAAAUUAUUUUAAAAAAGUAGAACAGUUAUAAGACACAUUUUGUUUGACAAGCAUUUAGUGCACCUGUGUUUUGUGAACUUGUCUAGUCUGUCCAAAAGUGGGAAUACUCAGAUGUUGUCUUUUAGAAUUUCUGCGUUUAUAUACUAAUAUUAUUUCAUUGUUUUGGUUUUAUCAGUUGUGAGUCUUCCUUUAUACCUACUGUGUUUUAAUCUUGGUUUAAACCACAUAAUGGUGUGUACAGUGAGUGAGGUUCAUGUGCAAAAAAUACACGUUUUAAGAAAGAAACAAUAAAAAAGAUUUUACACUGUC